AUGACAAAUCAAACAUCAAGCAUAGUUUUAAUAUUCCGUCAUGUUGAUCGUGUUUUGAUUGUUUCAGCUAUCAAAGAUGAAGAAAUUCUGGGUGUGACCGAUAGUCAUUGGCCGGAAGGCCUGCAGAAGCUGUUGGAGUACGUAAAGGAUAAAUAUCAAAAUCCAAAACUCUACAUUUCUGAAAAUGGACUUUCUGAUCACAAGGACAAGGGCUCUCCACUUGAAGUACUUCUAGAGGAUCCAUAUCGAAUUUCCUUUGUUACUCGUCACUUGUGUCGAAUCAAUAAGGCAAUUAAGAAUGGAGUGAAUGUCAAAGGGUACUUCUAUUGGGCUCUAUUCGACGACAUUGAAUGGGGCAUGGGGUUCAAUCGAGUUGGUAUUUACUUUGUUGAUUUCAGUAACUACACGCGCUACCCCAAGCUCUCCGUUAAGUGGAAUGACUUUCGACACUAUAGCGAGCUUUUAUUCAAAAAGUUUGGAGACAGAGUUAAACAUUGGUUCACAAUUAAUGAGCCAAACAUUCUUGCUCAAUUUGGUUAUGAACUUGGGAUUUCCCCACCAGGGAGGUUUAUGGGACCAUUAGUAUUCGGAGAUUAUCCUCAAAGUAUGAAGGAGAGGGUGAAGGAUAGGCUUCCCAUUUUUUCUGCAGAAGAGAAAGUUCUGCUCAAUGGGAGUUUAGGGUCGGUUGGUAUCAAUUAUUAUACAUCAACAUAUGCCAAACAUAAGGCUCCUCCUCCAGGUGAGGCGUUGCGUUAUUCCUUCGAUCAAUGGGCGGAAACAAUACCUAUCAAAGAUGAAGAAAUUCUUGGUGUGACCGAUAGUCAUUGGCCGGAAGGGCUGCAGAAGCUGUUGGAGUACGUAAAGGAUAAUUAUCAAAAUCCAAAACUCUACAUUUCUGAAAAUGGUUCGAUUUCUUAUGCUUCGGUGGAGUUUGUUGGUGUGGUUUUGAUUGAGGCAAAAUUGGAGUCCCACAUCGGACAGGUUUUAUGGACUUGUAGUUGA